AGUGCUCUCAGAGAUGUUGAUCGGAGUAUUUUUUAUUAACUUCAGACAGAGCCAGGCUAGCUGUUUCCCACUACUCCCAGUCUUUAUGCUAAGCUAGGCUAAUCACAUCCUGACGCCAGCGUUCAGUCUUCUCUUCUCAGCCUCAUAAAGACGCUGAAUCGUCUUAUUUCCUAAAAGGUUGAAUCACCUGCAGCUUCAUGAGAGAAAACACAGACGUUGCAUUUGAACGUUAAAAAAAGAUCUUUUCAAACAGGAGAGUUGUGUUUUCAUGUUCGGGAGGGUUUACGUGUUAAAUAAAUGCAUCAGAGCUGACGUACAGAUCACAUGAUCUCUGUUGAAGUUGCUCGUUUCACAUUCAGUUACUGUAAUCUAACAGAAACAGAAGAGUUGUGUCAGUUGGUGACCUGAUGCUCUGCUGCACACACACUUCCUGUUUACUCUGCAGAGACGCUGUCACUCAACGACGAGACAAAGACGUCUGUCGGAAUGUGUCCUCGUUGGUGAUGGUUACGUUUGAUUGGCUGCUGCAUCGAUCUCUUUGAGCUGUGAGAGUAGAAACAGUUAAACAAGUGUCUGGAUGCCAACACACACACACACACACACAUUCUCAUGUGUGUGUUAAAGUGAGUGCAACAGCAGAGCAGGAAACAAGGUAACAACCAUCUGUCUUCAUUCAGAGCUGCAGCACAAAGAGUUUCAUUGAAGACGUGUGUAGCACAUCUACUGACGCAUGUGGAUCCAUCAGGUGACUAACGGGGUUCUUCAGCGCGUUAGACGAUACGUAUGACGAUUGUCACUUCUUGUUUUCUUGUCUCUUACUCUGGAUAGAAAGAGGAUGACUUUCCUCUCACAGUGUGUUUCAUACUUCUCGUGUCUUUAAGGACAACAGGUGGAUGUAUUUUGUGAUUUUUAUCGUCUUAAAAAACUACGUUCCCAGAUGUAUUUUGUUGUGGAUUUCAUUUGCUUUUGACGUAUCGGAAAUAAGUUUCAAAUGAGUCCCUGGGAGUCCGUGUAGGGGGGUAAAAAGCACAGGACUUUCACCCAGGAGACCUCUGUUUGUGUCUCGUUUUUAGAUCCACCAGAGGGGCGUUCACUGACCUGCUUUAUAUCAGAGAACUAAACGUUAGAAUCUCUUCAGAUCGUGUUAAACACAGACACACACAUCUCACCAGGAACAUAUUCAGAACACAUGCUGAAGAAGGAACAGGAAGUAGAAACAUGCUGACUCAUGUCUGGGUUUAAUGACUCCUUCCUGCAGAACUCCGCAGUCAUUUUGUUGGUAAUACUGACGUGUAAACACUUUAUAAUGAAAGGAGACGGAAAGAGAAGAGUUCGCUGAAUGUGUUUGUUUAAUGAGUUAAAUAUUCUGUGAUAAAUAUUUCACAAUUUUCAGGAUAUUCUGCAGUCUGUGAGAGCUGGUUGCUCCGGUGAUGCAUCGUUUUACGGCUUUGUCUUCCAUCUGUAUUGUUCUGUAGAAAACAUUUUUGGUGAGAAAUGUGCAUUUUAUUUCACACAAUCGUUCAGUGAGUGUAAACAAUCUUUAGUUUGUUAGUUAUUAACAAAGAUUAUCAGAAAAUUCAUAAAAAACAUGAAGGUGUCCUUGAAACUCAAACAUAUGACGGGUUGAUGUUGAAGACAUUAUAAUUAUUUAUAAUCGUUUGUCAGUUGAGUUUUGAGAAUCCUUUCUCUUGUGGGACGUUUAAUCCGGUUUACUGUUAUUGAAUCAGAUCUGAAUAAUGCAGCUGAUGCUUCUGACAUGUUUGAGUAGACUUUAAGCGUCUCUUCCUGUCUGUCUCUCUCCAGCCGCCAAGCGUCCGUCCUCGGUCUCGUCCCUGAGUGGGAUUGUGGGUAGGAUGAUGUCGUCCGGCGAGCGAGGAGCCUCGUCCUCCUGCACCUCCGUCAACACCGUCUGCUCGGACGGCGAGCGUCCCGCCUCCCUCUCUCUCUCCUCCUCCGCCUCCUCCUCGGUCUCCCUGCAGGACACCUCCCACUCCUCCUCUUCCUCUUCCUCUUCUUCCUCUCUGCCAUACGGCGCCGUGCCGACCUACAACGCCUCCUCCUCCUCCUCCACACCGAAGAGGAACGGCUCGGACAUCAGCCUGAACCUCACUCCGCUGGUCACGCCACACGGAGGAGGAGGAGCUCCUGGAGGAGGAGGAGCCUGUGUGGCGGUCACAGGUGGAGGUCACCCUCCUGAUGGAGCCAAUCAGGCGGCGGCGGCGGCGGAGGCCGUAUCGACGCCCAGACAGCUGUCACGGCUGGAACGAGUGGUUCUGGAGAUCGUAGAGACGGAACAAGCCUACGUCAGAGACCUGAAGAGCAUCGUGGAGGAUUAUCUCGGCUGCAUCAUCGACUGCGGUUCUCUGCCUCUGAAGCCGGAGCAGGUCAGCACUCUGUUCUGUAACAUCGAGGACAUCUACGAGUUCAACAGGUACCACACACACACACACACACACACACACACAUCUUCACCGCGGCGGUGUGAACAGGAAGUGCAUGUUUCAUUUAAUUGGUGGCUUUGAGUUUCUG